AUGUUAUCAGCUGAAGAUGAUCCUCUGACAACGUCUGUCAUUUCCUCCUUUGGGCCUAAUAGCUCCCCCAGAUCUCGGGAGAUAUUGACCGGGUUGGUCCGAUAUCUCCAUGCCUUUUGUCGUGAAGUCAAUCUCACCACAGGAGAGCUAUACGUUGCCAUUGAAGCUUUGAACAGGUCUGGUCAGAUGAGCAAUGCUGAGCGAAAUGAGAGCUUGUUGAUCUCAGACUGUCUUGGCGUGGAAGCACUGGUCGAUACUCAAACACAGAAAAUGCUCGAGCAAGAUAAUGGAACCAACUCUUGUAUUCUCGGCCCAUUUUACGUCGCUGAUCCUCCUCGUUAUGAAAACGGAGAUACCAUUAUCCAGAAAUAUCUCGGAGGAGAAGUAACUUACUUCCAUGGUCGGAUUCUAAAUGCUGAUACCAACAAACCCGUGGAAGGUGCUUCUCUGAACGUCUGGGAGUGUGCAGUCAAUGGGUUGUAUGAUCAACAGGAUCCCAAUCAGCCGCCUGGAAAUAUGCGAGGCAUGUUCACUUCUGAUGCAGAAGGCAAAUAUUCUUUCUACUGUAUCAAGCCGGUUUUCCCUGAGGACGACACUUAUCUCGACUCCGAUUCCGUGUAUGCCGUCAAGUCAGAUCUGCUUUUGAAAUUCAACCCUUAUAAGUCUGGCUCGCUGAAGAGUAUUGGGGGUGACGACGUCGAUGUGAAGUGGGAAGUCAACUGGGACUUCAAGAUCAAGAAGCAGAAAUAUUAG